CGACCUCUACCCUCCCACCAGGGGCUCCCCAAAACUCGCCCGAAGCGUUGAGAGCUCAGCAGGUCAGCCUGCUCCGUCGUUUCCCGAACGUCCGUGCUCACGGGUCCACUUUCCGCGCAGUCGGCGUGAUGGUUGUUACUACCGGAAAGCAGCAGAGCGCGGCUGACCCGUCCAAGAAGGCGUCCACCACCGCCAAGGCUAGGAGAAAGUCGAGCGGUGCCGGCGGCAGGAAGAAGCUGACCGACUUCAACAAGUUCAUGCAGACGGAAGUCGCGCGGCUCAAACAGGAAAAUCCCGACAUGCCGCAUAAGGAUAGGUUCAAGCUCGUCAUCGACAAUUGGAACAAGCAGAAGGAGAGCAAGUAGACGAGCCCCUGUCCAGUGUCCUGCCCUUGCUCCGUGCAGGAUCCCCUCUAGCAGUUCGCUCUCCCUCUGGUGGAUAGGCCCUGCCGUGUCGGGCCGGAGUCAGACUGCAUCUGCUCCAGCGGCGAUCAUCGACUGUGUUUGUGCUACCAUGUGUUCUCAAGCUCCGGCGCCCUCAUCCCUAGUUUAGUUCUUGCUCUCUCUCUGCCCCGUUUGACCUACUAACGUUUGGAUUGUUGUUUGCGAAGUCGAUCGUAGGUACCGGAUGCGCUUUCGGUGCUUGCGUGUGCGAUGUAUGAAUAUGUGUAGGGUGACUGUACAUUAUUCGCCAUGCUGCAUGCAGUAAUGAUCAGGUCUGUGUACCUCC